AUGCCGGAGCAAAGUAAUGAUUAUCGUGUAGUAGUUUUUGGUGCGGGUGGUGUUGGUAAAAGUUCCCUUGUGUUACGAUUCGUAAAAGGGACAUUCAGAGAAUCAUAUAUACCAACGAUCGAGGAUACCUAUAGACAGGUAAUAAGCAGCAACAAGACAAUAUGCACAUUACAAAUAACUGAUACAACAGGAUCACAUCAGUUCCCUGCCAUGCAAAGAUUAUCAAUUAGCAAGGGACAUGCAUUUAUAUUGGUUUAUUCUGUGAGCAGUCGACAGUCAUUAGAGGAACUCAAGCCAAUAUGGCAAACCAUAAAAGAGAUUAAGGGCACAGAGCUUCCAAAUAUUCCUGUGAUGCUGGCAGGUAACAAAUGCGAUGAGAGUCCAGAGAUAAGAGAAGUAUCUGCAUCAGAAGGACAGGCUCAGGCUCAAACUUGGGGUAUUUCAUUCAUGGAAACAUCAGCUAAAACAAACCACAAUGUUACCCAACUAUUCCAGGAACUUUUGAAUAUGGAAAAGAACAGAAAUGUAUCACUUCAAGUUGAUGGGAAAGGCAAGAAAAAGAAAGAUAAAGCAACUAAAGACGGUGGAGAAGCCUCUGCAAGUGGAAGAGAGAAGUGCCGAAUCAUGUAA